UUAAAACCAAACCAAACCCAACUCUUGUCUUAUCUUAUAGAGCUUAGUUAGUUUACUUGCUUUUAUUUCCUUGUUUAGAUAGUAAUUAGCUAAGAUUUCACUCCAACUAAUUUUUUUUUAACUUCAAAAAACCAAAAAAAUUAGUUUGUUAACUUUCUUUUUUUUCCAUCUCUAAUUCUCUUGCAGUGAUGGGGUCUAAUUUGUUCCUCAAAUCUCCAUCACUUGCUUUCAUUUCUAAUAAUAAUAAGUGUGAGUGGUGCUUUUUGAGGAGGAAGAAGUUUAAUAGUAUUGUAUAUUGCCAAGGAGGUGGUGGUGGUGGUGGAAAGGCAAUAAUAAGGUCUAGUGGGAUUUCUUCAGUUUUAACAGAAAGAUCAUUAUCAUCAACAACUUUAGUUGGUGAUCAAGAUCAUACUGCAUCAAGCUUGGUUUUGUCCCCAAAUGGCAAUAAUUCUAAUACCAUCAAAGAUUUUGAGCCUUUUAGUGGAACAACUAGCUCUUCUUUAAUGGAGGUUCAAGAUGGUAUUGGCAUUGUCAAAUUUCUUGGAGGGAAAGGUUUUUUCAUCACUGGUGCAACUGGGUUUCUUGCAAAAGUUCUUAUUGAGAAGAUUUUACGGACCGCGCCUGAUGUGGGGAAGAUAUAUGUUUUGAUCAAGGCAAAGAACAUGGAAGCUGCAAUGGCAAGAUUAAAAAGUGAAAUAAUAGAUGCAGAGCUAUUCAAGUGUCUUCAACAAACUUAUGGGAAGUCCUACCAAGCUUUCAUGUUGAGCAAAUUAGUCCCAGUUGUGGGAGAUGUAUGUGAAUCUAAUCUUGGGUUGGAUGAAGAUUUAGCCAACUUGAUUGCCAAUGAAGUUGAUGUUAUUGUUAAUUCUGCAGCUAAUACAACUUUUGAUGAAAGGUAUGAUGUUGCUAUUGACAUUAACACUAGAGGACCUUGCCACCUUAUGAGCUUUGCAAAGAAGUGCCAAAAGCUUAAGCUAUUCUUGCAAGUAUCAACAGCUUAUGUUAAUGGACAAAGACAAGGAAGAAUAAUGGAAAAGCCAUUCUGUAUUGGGGAUUGCAUAGCUAAGGAAAAUUUCAUAGCUGAAACCAAUUCAAGAUUUCUACCUAUUCUAGAUGUGGAAAAUGAAAUGCUUUUGGCCCUGAAUUCCAAAGAAGCUUUUCAAGAAAAUGAAGUGGCUCAAAAGAUGAAAGAACUGGGUUUGGAAAGGGCAAGAAAAUAUGGAUGGCAAGAUACCUAUGUCUUCACAAAAGCCAUGGGAGAAAUGAUGGUUGACAGCUUGAGAGGAGAUAUUCCUGUUGUCAUCAUAAGACCUAGUGUUAUUGAAAGCACUUUCAGAGAGCCAUUCCCAGGAUGGAUGGAAGGAAAUAGGAUGAUGGAUCCAAUUAUAUUGUACUAUGGAAAAGGGCAGUUGACUGGAUUUCUAGUGGAUCCAAAUGGAGUACUUGAUGUAGUCCCAGCAGAUAUGGUAGUCAAUGCAACCCUAGCAGCAGUAGCAAAACAUGGAAUGGUUCAAAAAUCAGGAAUAAAUGUGUAUCAAAUUGCUUCAUCUGUUGUAAAUCCACUGGCUUUUAAAGACUUGGCUAAGUUGCUCUAUGAACACUACAAUUCAUCGCCUUACAUGGAUUCCAAAGGCAGACCAAUCAGUGUUCCUUCAAUGAAGCUCUUCAAUUGUAAGGAAGAUUUCUCUGAUCAUCUUUGGAGAGAUGUGGUUCAGAGAAAUGGGUUGACAGAAAUUGCCUCAUUUGACAAGAAAAUGUCCCUAAAACAUGAAUUUAUAUGCAAAAGAUCAAUGGAACAAGCAAAGCAUUUGGCUAAUAUAUAUGAACCAUACACUUUCUAUGGUGGAAGGUUUGACAACAGUAAUACUCAAAGAUUGAUGGAGAGCAUGUGUGAAAAUGAGAAGAAGAAAUUUGGAUUUGAUGUGGGAAGCAUAGAUUGGAGAGACUAUAUAACAAAUGUUCAUAUUCCUGGUCUAAGGAGGCAUGUUAUGAAGGGGAGAGGGAUGUGUAGCUGAAUGAUAUAUAUAUAUCUAACUUGUUCGAGUCCUAUAACUAAUUGUAAUAAGACAGUUUUUUUUUUA